AUGGCUUUCUACAAUCCUAUGCUGAUUAUUCUCUUUACUUAUACUAAGGGUGAUACUCAAAUCAAUGUUUUGGUGUAUGUUGAUGAUUUAAUUAUAUCUGGGAAUAAUUCCGCUGCUUUGAAGAUCUUUAAGAACUAUUUAAGCACGUAUUUUCAUAUGAAGGAUCUCGGGGUUCUUAAAUAUUUUCUCGGGAUUGAGGUAGCUCAAAGUCCUGAUGGUAUAUUUCUUUGUCAACGAAAGUAUUCUCUUGACAUCAUUUCUGAGACUAGUGUUCUGGGUGCUAAGCCCGCGUCUUUUCCCAUUGAGCAAAACCAUCGGCUUGCUCAUGCUUCAGGAGAUUCUUUGUCCAUUCCUGAACCUUAUCGUCGUUUGGUUGGUCGUUUGAUUUACUUAACAGUCACUCGUCCUGAUUUGGCACACUCUGUUCACGUUUUAUCACAGUUCCUACAAGAACCAAGACAAGAACAUUGGGAAGCCGCCUUGCGUGUUGUUCGCUAUUUGAAAGGCUCUCCUGGACAAGGAAUCUUACUUCGUGCUAAUAGCUCUCUUUCCUUGACUGGUUGGUGUGAUUCUGAUUGGGCAGCUUGUCCUCUUACUCGUCGCUCUCUCACAGGUUGGCUUGUGUUUCUUGGUCAUUCCCCAAUUUCCUGGAAAACUAAGAAACAACCUACUGUGGCACGUUCUUCGGUAGAGGCUGAAUAUCACUCUAUGGCUUCUCUUACUUGUGAAUUGAAAUGGUUGAAGGGUCUUCUCCUUAGAUUGGGGAUUCAACAUACUGAUGCUAUUGGGCUAUAUUGUGAUAGCCAGUCGGCUUUACAUAUUGCUCGGAAUCUAGUCUUCCAUGAACGAACAAAGCACAUUGAAGCAGACUGUCACUUUGUUCGUGAUGCUAUCCAAGACGGCACUAUUCUUCCUUCUUAUGUUCCUACAACUGUUCAACUUGCAGACAUCUUUACCAAGCCUUUGGGGACCCGUCAAUUUCAGUUUUUUCUUUCCAAGUUGGGCAUUUAUGAUCCUUAUGCUCCAACUUGA